UAUGGAUCCAUCUCUCCUGUUUCCCAAUACGACACUUUUCACCAUUUAAAAUUACCUGUUUUUAUUUCAAAAUGUCUUCGGAGUCCGACUCUGAAGUUAACGCCGAUAAAGUUGAAGAUGAAGAAGGAGAAUUAUAUCAGUUGAUUUAUGACAUGUAUACCAAAGAGAGCAAGGACAGGGAAGGAAAAGAAAACAUUCAAAUUGCAUCCAGCUCUAAGAUCUCACCUGUGUAUCUGAACAUUAAUGCUGAAAGGAGGACACAUGCAGUUGGUAAAUGCAUUGGUGCUAAAAUAAAAAUAGAUGUUGAUGCACUUCAUAAUAUCAACGAAACAUCAGUACUGAACACUGCGUCUGAGUCUCCAGAGGAAAAGCCAUGGAAGAAAAAUGGUAGUGACAUCUCAGAUUACUUUAACUAUGGCUUCAACAUGGAAACCUGGAUUGCCUACUGUAAGAAACAACGAAAGAUCCAAGCAGUAAAUGGAAAACUACAAACUAAAGCCAGGGUCCAGAGGGGGCACACUAGACACAGGGAAAAAGAGCCCUUUUCUGCUCAUUCUUCCUCAGGCAGUUCAUCCAUACUCACUUCCAGAGAGUCAAGAGCCACCGCUGAUGUGACUGGAGGACGACCUACAACCAGCAGCAUGGGUAGAGGGCACCAAUGUCUCAGUGACAUAAGCAUUACUCAGGUGGUUACUAAGAUGUCCCCUGAGGAGGAUAGAAUUACCUCUUAUCGUCUGAGCCCUCUGCCCCAUCCCAGUUCUCUCCUCACAUAUACCUCUACACUACCUUUUCUUUGUGAACGAGGACCCCCUCCAGUCUCCCCCAAGGUUACUUUGGACAGUGGACACUCCAAAGAGAUUUAUGAUCCACCAACUUCGCAAUACCCAAUUUCAUCAGGGAAAAUUGCCUCCAGCUCCAGAAAGAUCAGUGCUGCCAAGGCUGGGGAAUGCUACAUGUGGCAGGAAAAGUGUGACAAAAGCAGAAACAGAUCCCGAGAGCACGGCCACGAUAGAGAAUCUAAAAGAGUCCGAGAGAGAGAAAGUGAGAGCUGGUCCUCUGCACACAAGAAGAAGGGGAGGAAGAAGGAUCCUUUAUUGUCCAACAGAGUGGAGCGAGUGAGGCACAGGGACACUAUGGAGCGAGGGCACGUAUGCCACAGUUUUGAAAGAGUCAGUGGAGAAGAAGAAAAGCACAAGGGAGACAGCGUAAAGGCCAGAAAUAGAAAAAAAUCCCCAUGCAGCAGCAGCAGAUGUAGGAGGGAUGAUGGUCGAGGAGAGGGAAAGACAGCAAACGCAAAAAGGCCAAAAGAAAUAGGAACAAGGAGACCAACAAAAUGUUCUCUAUUGACCAAGAGAGGAAAUUAA